AUGGCGAGUUGUCGUCGGAGAAAAUCCGAAGCGGAGGCCAGGGAUGUGAUAAGUGAACUGCCUGCAGAAGUAAAGGAAAAGAUUUUGGAGUGUUUGCCUACUCGAGAAGCUGCAAGAACUGCUCUGCUCUCAACUCACUGGAACAAUGUUUGGUUGCGGCAUGGGCGACUUAUGUUUGAUUGGUACUUCUUCCAAUGCUUCUCAAAGUACGAAGGUGAAAAAGGAUUUAGAUCGGUUCGUUUUCUUUCGAGAAAUGGUUUGCAGGAACUUAAGUUGUAUACUUCGUGUAACCAUAAGCUUCCAUCUUGUAUAUUCUUGUGCCGGACAAUCAAGCAACUGACUUUGGGUGGUUUCAUUUUCGAUUUGCCGAUCCCUAGUAUAUUUCCUAGCCUCACUUCAUUAGUUUUCGAGAAUGUUGAAUUUAGUGAUAAUGUUAAGGGAAUUGUGUACAGAAUUCCUAAUAUUGAGGAGGUUUCUUUCGGUUCUUGUAAAGGAAUCACUAAUUUUGAGAUCAGUAAUCCAAAACUUGAAACCUUGAAGGUUAUUGGUUAUGAGUCUUGCAAGUUUGAUGAAUCCAGAUGGUUUACCCUUUAUUUGAAAACAAUUAAGACUCUUUUCUUGAGUGCCAAUUUGUUGCCGUGUAAAAGUGCAGAAAUAGCCACAGUGACAUUCCCAACCGCAAUAAAUUUGCAAGUGAUUGAGCUGUAUGAUUUAAGUAUUGCAUGUCAAGAGCGGCUUGCCUUUGUUAUGCAGCUUCAACAUUCCCCCAACCUAUGUGAGCUGAAGAUUGGGCUAACAGAUGGUUUAUGUUCAUGUGAGGAUAUAACAAUGUCUACAAGACUUUUGGAGGAUCCAAACGGUUGCAUUGUUAAAUGUGAUCUGAAGAUUCUUAACACAAUCAUGAUCGAAUGGUUUAGUGGAUCUACACCUGAAAAGCUUUUUGUGAAAAUGCUGCUCUUGAAAUCCCCGGCACUAGAGAGAGUUUUCAUUAAGGAAUGUCAUGAUAUUGGUACCUCUGUAGCUGUCAAAAGCCUAAGGGAGUUGUUGCGUUUUUCUCGUGCAUCUCCAAAAGCCCAAAUUGUUUGUAUGGAUUGCGACGACCCUGAGGAGUCUGGAUUUGAUCACAGAUGGUUUUAAUUUAGUAUGAUGAAGCUCCAUGGGUUCAAUUUUGAUGCAACCUAGAAAUGUAAGCAUUGGUUGUGGUGGAAGUUGAAAUCUUGUAAGAUAAGGAUGCUGCACCUUUUUCCUAUGUUGUUCGGUAAGUAUUAUGUUGUAAAUUAUUUUUUAAUCUAUAAGCAGUCAUUGAGGAGGCUACUGUUUUUCUUCAUAACUGGAUGUUAGUUUACUUGGUUAAUUCUGGGGAACUCCAGUCCAUACCCAAUACUAGUCAGCUUGAGAAAUGGGGUUUGGCUACGUUAUAAGGGAUUCAAAUGGUUGUUUUAUUGCUGCUAAGAAAAUACCAUAGCAUGGGCUCUUCAAACCUGGGGAAGCAGGAGCAAUUGAAGACAGGGAAGCUUUAAAGUGGUUGAAGGAUCUUAAUGUAGAUGAUGUCCAAGUUGAAACUGAUUGUCUUUAGGUGUUGAAUAGGAUCCAAAAUCAAUCUCUGGUAUCUUCGUUUGAUCUGAUUGUCAAUGAUGUUAGGGAAUUAGUUAGAGCAUUUUCUAUUCUCUGUUUUUGUUUGUUAAACAAUCUGCGAUUAGGAUUGCCCAUUUGUUAGUUAGGGAGGCCUUAU